AUGAGCACUGACGAGACGAAGACGGCUCGCAGCCGCGUAUUCUUCGACAUCACCAUCGGCGGGCAGUCCGCCGGUCGUGUGACGUUCGAGCUGUUCAACGACGUCGUUCCCAAGACGGCCGAGAACUUCCGUGCCCUAUGCACUGGCGAGAAGGGCGUCGGCAAGGCCGGCAAGCCGUUGCACUUCAAGGGCUCAGGCUUCCACCGCGUCAUCAAGCAGUUCAUGAUCCAGGGCGGUGACUUCACUGCUGGCAAUGGCACGGGCGGCGAGUCCAUCUAUGGUGCCAAGUUCGCCGACGAAAACUUCGAGCUGAAGCAUGACCGUCCUUUCCUUUUGUCCAUGGCCAAUGCCGGUCCUGGGACCAAUGGCUCCCAAUUCUUCGUCACCACAGUUGCUACCCCUCAUCUCGACAGCAAGCACGUCGUGUUCGGCGAAGUCCUCAGCGGCAAGUCCGUCGUGCGCCAAAUCGAGAACCUCCGAACCCAGAGCGACAAGCCGAUCAAGGAUGCGGUUAUUGCUGACUGCGGCGAACUGUCGGCGUCUGAAGCCAUUGCCGCCGAUACCAGGGCUCCUGACGCCUACGGCGACGAAUACGAAGAUUUCCCCGAGGACCAGACAACAGGUGACGAAGUCCUUUCCGCCUCCAAGAUCCUCAAGAUCGCGACCGACUGCAAGGAUUUCGGCAACAAGGCCUUCAAGGCCGGCGACUUCAGUAUUGCCCUCGACAAGUAUCAAAAGGGCCUGCGAUACCUAAACGAGGACCCCGACUUGGAUAAUGAACCCGCCGAGACGAAGGAGAAAUUCGACGCACUGCGUAUGAGCCUGAAUAGCAAUGCUGCGCUGAUGAAUCUCAAGCUCGGCGCGUGGGACGAAACUGUCCGGGCCGCGGAGAGUGCGCUUGCCGUCUCGAAGAUCUCGGACAAGGACAAGGCCAAAGUACUCUAUCGUCGGGGCUUCGCUCUUGUGCGGCUCAAGGACGAGGAAGCCGCGCUCGAGAGCCUUGAAGAGGCAAAAAAGCUCGCGCCGGAGGAUGCGGCCAUCAAUGCCGAAUUGAGCACUGUGAAGAAGGCCGCUGCGGCUAGACUGGCCAAGGAGAAGGCUGCCUACUCGAAGUUCUUCAGCUAA